UGAACCCCUUGAGGCUGUCCAAGCCAUUUCGCAUACCACCACCGACAAAACUUGUUGCCAUUGAAGGUACCAACCUCGUCGAGUGGGUGGAAAGAGGAAUCCGAAGAUGCCAUCUGCCACCCGCCACGCACUGGAACGAAGCAGUAAUAUGGCCACAACCCAUUCUCCGCUCAGUUUCCAGCGUCGAGACCGAGCAUAUUAGUCGUGCAUUCUACCCCAUUCGUUCAUUUACACUGUUGGACGCAGCACCACGACAAUCUGAGUACUAUGAAGCACGAAGGGAUACACGACCAACCGGAAGCUCUAUCGUCUGAAGAGACCUCAGCCCUUCUGAGUAUGAGCGACUCGUUCGUUCAAGAAGCCGUGCACAUGUCAAGGCACUACGUCGGCUGUUCACGCCAUCCGUCGGCAAUCGACGCCACCCGAUGGAAACGAGUAGCACAUGUCCGCGACCUCGCAAUGUACAAGGAGCGUCGAGCUCGCUGGAGACUCGGUAGCAAACGCAAACUUGGCUCGCGGUUGGCAGAUAACGACUAUGAAGACGACACUACCAGAUUGCUACCUGCUACGUUAAUGAUCGGUAGGUUCCCUGGUGACUUGGAAUCCGUCAUGCUUGGACUACAAAGCUCAACCGAAGAUGCCACUAGACUACGCGCGUCGUACAUAGCUGACGGUGUCGUGGACGAGAAACUGUUAGCGCCGCUGGAAUCACCCAGCUACGACAACCCACUACGUUCGUGUACUUUGAAAUGGCGUGGGCUACGCAGCGGAACUACAGCAGCUAAAGUGGCAACAGGGCAGUUCUUCAGCUCGCGUGCGAUUGAGACUUUGUACAUUGAGUCCACAGGUAUCACAGAGCUCGGUAAUGGAGAACGAGUCGGAUAUGAAUUGCUGCAAUCGGUGGAGGUGCCGGGGUUCGGUGGCUUUAGUAAGAACGGCAGACGGCAAGCUGUUAUCUCGUACUGCUACGUAUAUCGACAGCCAUCCCCCGACGUGAUGGAGGUGUUCAUGUUAGGUUCGACUUCUCGUGACGGUGUGUUGCUUGGCGGCGCUUUAGCCAAGAUGCACAGUCUGCAUCGUCUUGUACGCUGUGCUGAACGCAAGAAACUCGCGUGGCUCCUGAGUUCCAGUCAGCCGACACUCGCCAAUCCAAGAGCUGGUGGCUGUUGCGCUGAGUGUUUCCGCUCCUUUGGACGUUGGCCGCAUCGUGCUGAGCGCCAGUGUAGCGCCUGUGACGAACGUGUUUGUACAAGCUGCACGACUUACCGCCAAAUGCGCUUCGCUCUGCCAUUUCGUCGCAAAGUUACCCGCGCCAAGCUUGCCUUCUGUGGUCGCUGUCUCCAACGUGCUGAAGAGACGAGCCCUCUGACGAUAGCAGCGUUUGAAGCCAUGGAACAAGGUGAGGACUUCGACUUGGACACUUUUGACAGCUCCGCGCUGCCCUUUUCGCACUUGAAAUGGAGCAGCCAAUGCCUCGACGACGACGACUUGGCAAUGACCAUAUUGGGCGACUAAAAACUUGGCAUUUGACCCUCAUUGGAAAGGGGUCGAACAUCUAAAAAAUAAUAAACUCACAACAAAUUUUAUAUUA